AUCAUCGAACACAAGCUAUAGUGGAAAUGUAACACCUUUGAAGAAGAUUGCUCUGGGAUUUGUUCUUAGAUGUUAGAGCUGUGACAGGAAAGUGUACUGAACGCGCAAGAUGCCACAUAAAACUGUUUCUGGAUCUCACACGUAGUUGUCACGACACCAGCAUACAGACAGUCUAACUCGAUGUAUGCAUGAAUAUACAUACAAAACAUAUAGAUGCAUAUUCUAUUUCAGACGUUUCUGUAAGAAAGAUUAAGUCAGAAAUGUCUUAAAAUGCAAAAAAAUGCAUUGGAAUUUAACAUUAUUACAAAUUGAAUACAGUUGUAUGCUGUAAAAAAGUCUGUAAAAACAAUAAUAUUCCGGCAGCCUGGGUAUCAAAAAAUACGGUAAAUAACAGUUUUUGUGAAGUAAAAUGAGAUAUUAUUUUACACCCAACUUGUAUAAUCUAUUUCUGUAAUUUGACUUUUUUACCACAUUUGAUGUAGAAAUGUGUAGAAUAAUUUUUACGGUGUAUCCUCUUUAAAUAUGUAUUUUUUAAUAAUUUUACUGAAAUAUUUAGUCAUGACUUAAUUUAAUUUGUAAAUACACUAGUUUUGAUGUUAUUUUUUAGAAAUAUAUUAGUAUGAAUGGCAUGGAUGUAAAAAUCUAAAAGACUAAAUUUCUAAUUAAAUCUUAAUGAACGUAUUUGAGAUAGCAAACAGAUUUUAAUCUUUAUAACACUUCAAAUACUUAGGUCACACAUAGCAAAAAAUUGGAUCCUGCAUUUCAUUUAAUGUUCAAAGUUCAAUGUUCAACGAUUAUUGUCAAAGUCCUCUCAUGCUAUUAUAAAAGCGUUUGGUCGUAUGUCCCUUUGCGCGUGCCGUAGGCACAUGAGCGCCGGAUGUUUUCAAGGUUCGUAAAUUACAGUUUUUUUUCCGUGUCAAACAUGCCGAUGACUGGAAAUAAAAGUAAAGGACACAACUUUAUCCAGGCACUGCUUCUCCUUCUCACCUGUUUGCAACAGUGCCAGUCCAGUCCUCACCGUCACAACAGCGAACCCAUUUUAGGGGUAUUCAAAGAGAUUUCAAAGUACUCUGACAUAGCUCAACAAAUAAUAGAUCUCGCAGUAUAUGGCAAAGCCCAGAAUCGCUCCUACGAGAGACUGGCCUUGUUCACUGACACUAUAGGAAACAGAGUCAGUGGUUCAAAGAACCUGGACCUGGCCAUCAAAUACAUGUACAAUGCUUUGACAAAAGAUGGCCUAGUGAAUGUACAUCUAGAACCGGUGAAGAUCCCUCACUGGGUGCGAGGGAAAGAGAGCGCUGUAAUGCUUCAACCGAGAAACCACACUCUAGCUAUACUGGGACUGGGCAGUAGUGUAGGAACUCCACCAGGAGGCAUAGAGGCUGAAGUAUUGGUGGUGGAGUCUUUUGAAGAGCUGAAGAAGAGGGCGAGCGAGGCUAAAGGGAAAAUCGUAGUGUAUAAUCAGCCAUUUGUAAGCUAUGGGGAGACUGUAGCUUAUAGGGCAUCAGGGGCCUCAGAAGCAGCAAAAGUUGGAGCCGUGGCGUCCCUCAUUCGUUCAGUAACUCCACUCUCCAUCAACAGCCCUCACACGGGCUGGCAGUGGUACCAGCCUGGAGUUGCUCAGAUCCCCACUGCCUGCAUUACCAUCGAGGAUGCUCAGAUGAUGGGCAGGAUGGCCCACAGAGGCCAGAGGAUUGUAGUGCGUUUGACUAUGGGGGCUCAGACACUGCCAGAUGUUGACUCAUUCAAUACUGUGGCUGAAAUCAGAGGCAGUAAACAUCCCGAACAGGUGGUGUUGCUCAGUGGUCACCUGGACAGCUGGGAUGUGGGUCAGGGGGCUAUGGAUGAUGGAGGCGGGGCUGUCAUUUCCUGGGAGGCACUUUCUCUCAUCAAAGACUUAGGGCUGCGUCCUAAACGGACACUGAGGGCAGUUCUGUGGUCUGCAGAGGAGCCUGGAGGAGUGGGGGCUGCUCAGUACUUUCAACAGCACAAAGCAAACAUCUCGAACUUUGACCUGGUAAUGGAGUCCGACCUGGGCACCUUCAGGCCCCUGGGACUGCAGUUCACUGGGAAUGACAAGGCUCGGGCCAUCAUGAAGGAGGUGAUGAAACUGUUGGCUCCCAUCAACGUCACGUCUCUGGAGCGGAACGGAGAGGGGACGGAUAUUAACAUGUGGAUGCAAGCUGGAGUUCCAGGUGCCAGUCUGCAUACUGCAGAUCAGAGGUACUUCUGGUUCCACCACAGUGAUGGAGACACCAUGAGUGUUCAAAACUCAGAGGAGAUGAACCUGUGCUCCGCUGUGUGGGCUGUAGUGGCUUACGUGGUGGCUGACCUGGAGGAAAUGCUGCCCAGAUAACAAAUUACCCUGAAAAAAAGCAAACCUCUCCAUGAGCUCACAGCGGCCACAUGAUUCCAGGACACUUUUGUGAUUUGAUAUUAUAAUAUCCUUGAUCACUCCAUUAUCAUCCAGCAUACAAUACUGUUUUCUGUCUUGUAUAGUUUACUUUCAUUUUUGAUUCUUAUGUAAUUUUAAUGUAAUUUCUUUUUAUAUUGUAAAUUUAUCUUCAAAAUGAAAAUUCUGUCAUCAUUUACCCUGUUGUCAUUUCAAACCUUUGUGAAUGUCUUUCUUCUGCAUAACACAAAAGAAGAUAUUUUAUGAUAUAUGUUGGUAACCAAAAACAAACAACGGUAUUACGUUUUCAACAUUUCUUAAAAUAUCAUCUUUUGUAAUUUGCAGAAGAAAGUCAUAAAAGUUUGAAGUGUCAAGAAUAAAUAAAAUAAUUUUUCCUUUUAUCAAAAAUAAGUUAGCUUUACGGAUGUCAAUAAACUGAUAUGCUCUUAAACGCUGAAAAAUAUUCCCAUUUAGAAGAUAUAAAUAUUGAAAACUGACAGUCUGGCACGUGCACCCAAUCAAAUCUAGAAAUUCCAUGACAUCACCCUACACUUCAGACUCUCUCGUCCAAUCAAAUCCGCUUCAGAAUCUGAAGAGUUCCACACCUUCAAUAUGAGAGCUACGGAACCGGCACCUCAUAUCAGCCACUUGUUCACACAUUUAUUAUGUCCUAGAUGGUAAAUGACGCAUAAUGCAUUAGAUGGGAGAUAGGGGUUGAUAACCAUUAAGCAGCAACCAAUUGCCAGACUGACUGUACCAUAAACGAAACGCUAUUGGUUAUUUUAAAAGGUAGCGGGAUACUCAAAAUGUCUCUUGCUCUCUGCAUUUUUCAGUUGAAAUUACAUCAACAUAUCAAAUAAUGCUGCGCGUUCCAAGGCGUUGCACUGGGACUUUGAGUUGAAGUUCCAAGCAUGUAAUUUGUGUCAUAAUAGAAGCAUCUGUAAUAAAUGUACAUACAAUGAUAUAAAUAAAGAAUUUCUUACCCAGUC